AUGUGUUUUCUUGACGUGCAAUGUGAACCGAUACCGUGGACGCCUUUCAACGACAUUGGUCAUCAAAGUACAGAGCAGCGGCACAUGGCUAUUAUAAUGGGCGUGCAUGAAUUCCUCGCUGGGCCUUCACGAUCCUCACUGUCCGUGGCCCACGGUAGCAACAUCGCCAGAAGUAGAAGAUCGCCGUCAGGACACGACUACGAUCAGUUACGGCAGGGCGAGCCCUUGCCCCCUGAAAUAUACAAAGAGUACUGUGGGCUGCUGCCACGUGCUUGCCGUUUGACCACAACUGAAGUUGAAGAAUAUGAAGCAACCAUGAGAAUCCAGAAUGGGAAACUAAGUAUAACAGAAGGAUGGGGAAACUUUAUGACUUCAGAGUCCAUUGAGUGGGGUUACCUUCUGGUGUUCUAUCGCCAUAGUCUCUUUGAUUUAGAAAUUUGGAUUAUUGAGGCCAAUGGAUGCGGUAGACAGCCAGUAGAUACAUUUACUCUGGACAUUAAGAAAACUCAUGUGGAGCGUGCAAGGCUGUUUUGGCGUGUCUACAUUAAAGGAUGCUACGAAAACACCAAUGUGGUUUAUCUGGUGAUUGGGCAGUGUAGGUAUGAAAUGGAGAUUUUCGAGGGGCACGGGAAAAAGUUGCUUCAAAGAGGCGCAACACGUAGCUUCGUGGAGGACAAUGGAAUCGUGGAAAACUGUUCCUGCAAGUUUAUCUUGGUUCCUGCUGAAUCAAUAACAUUCAAGGUGGAAAUGUAG